CUCCUCCGAGCCUCCUACUUUCUUCGGCUCUUGCACAAUUCGCAGGAGGAAGGAGGAAACACGAUCCCCUUGCGUUCGGCGAAAGUCCAUGUUCCUUGUCCAUCCAUCGCCGAAUGCUCACCUUCAUAUAGGAACGCCAAACUUCCCGAGCAGUAACACAAUGUAGUCUGAACCUCCCUUCGAUUGCGUUUCUACCCUUCUCUACUCUUUCUUUCUUUCCUCUUCCCUACCCUCCCAAAAAGAGACUGGGAAUGGUGGCGUUUUCAGACACUACCAGCUCCCUCUCGUCAGGUUGUACCGUUGUCGGGAACCUGGUGGUAUCAGCCUGCAUCCCGUCAACAAUGUCACCACAACCGCAGGCCGUCGACCCCAACGCACCGCUCUUUGGCGUCGCCCACAACGUCUCCCGUCCCGCCCUGACGGCCUACACCUGGGCCAACGUCGCCACCUCGUACAUCUUCCUCUCCCUCCGCCUCCUCGUCCGCUGGCGCCGGAACCAGCACCUCCUGCGCGACGACGUCUGGAUGGUCUUUGCCUGGCUGUGUCUUCUGACCAUGGCCAUCCUCCAGAUGCAGCAGAUGGACUCGCUGUGGUACGUCGUCGAGCUCGAGGCGGGCAGGUUCGUCCCCGCGUCCAAGGAGGAGGCGGAGCUGCAGCUGGAGCAGUGGUUGCGCUGGUCGUAUGCGCUCACGUAUCUCUUCUGGACGGGGUUGUUUGCGGUGAAGGCGAGUUUCUUGAAUGUGUUCUUCAGACUUGUCAGUCCCAUCCCAUGGCUACGCAAGAUCUGGUAUGGGAUUGCUGUGUUUUGUCUCCUUUCAUAUGUUGGGGGAUGGCUUUCGGGGUCGCUCAUUUGCGAUACUCCGUCCGACUACUUUCGGGCAGGAAAAUGCCUCUCCCCAAAAGAAGUCUACUACUACCGCUUCUCCAUCUUCUUCGCAACAGCAGCCGACGUCUUCACAGACCUGCUCAUCAUGAGUCUACCCAUCGCCGUCCUCCCCUCGCUCCAACUCGACUUUCGCAAAAAGUUUGGUCUCGCGGUAGCCUUCUGCCUGGCCCUCAUCACGAUCCUCACAGCCAUCGUCCGCAUGACGCAGGUGCUCAAGGGCGAGACGGUGGACAUGGUGGGCCUGGCCGUCUGGAGUCUCACGGAGCUCGGCACCGCCAUCAUCGUGGGAUCGCUGCCGCCACUAAAGGCUCUCUUGACGCGGGGGAUGAGAAAGUAUAACGGAAGCAGGAUGAACCGCAACAAGUCGUACAUCAACUGCAGAGGCGAGCCCGGUAACGAAUACGGCCCGAAUAAUACGUCGCGGUCCGUCAUGGUUGCCGAGUCGAUCCCGUUGGAUGAUAGGCAUAGGAGCGAACAGUUUGAUGGGGGGAUAUAUGUCCAGAAGACAUGCGAAGUUCGUGUAGAGGGUGCUUCGAAGAGAACGAAUAAUGAGGAAGAGGGAGUUGUGACGAAGAGUUUUGCGGCAAACAGACCUCCAUAGACUGACUCAAAGAGUUCUCUACUAAGACUAUGAAUGAUUACCAAGACACCACGGCCCACGACAGGUAAGAUGAAUAGAAAUUAUAUUUAGGUCGAUGCAUCAUUCUGUAAUGCUGAUUGUAGCUCUGUGUAGAUGAUAUGGCGCCUUUGAUGAGAACGCCCAGUCGUCCGUCAGCCCGUCUCAAUUUCGACUUGCUGCCCGGCUUGUGUAA